CUUCGCAAGUGCUACCAUUAUGUUUGUUCUAACGGCGAUAGUUUCCGCGAUUUGCAUAUUUUUUGCAGUUGGGGACCAUAUGAUUUCGAAUUCGGAAAAACAAAAGCCGUUGAGAAAUUCGCAUUCCGUCUUCGUGGAUUGCUGCCUCGGCCGCAAAUUCUUGUGCAGGCCUCUGCCCUGGGAAAGGAACCGCACACCCCGGCCUAGGAUGUUAACAACUUCACAGAUUUGCGAUGGCUUUGCGGACUGCCCUUUCGGAGACGACGAGAUCUGCACAAAGUGUGGAGAACCACCGCAUGUUUCUUCGGGAUCACGUUCAGGAAGCCAAACGCAUUUUCCAGUGGGAGCGACGGUCGAGUAUGAGUGCCGACCAGGAUUCAUCUUUAAGGACGUAAAAAGCGUAGUGUGUAAUGGACUUGGUCUGUGGACCAAGGCGCCUGUCUGUGAGCGUGAGUGCGGCAUGAUACCUAGUGUGGUAAACGGCGUUGUGGACACGAACAAUGGACCGCUAAAGGAAGGAGCAGUGCUGACGUACACGUGUAACCAGGGAUACGCUCCGAAGACGAACAACGUCCUCCGAUGUGGCUCGAGCGGAGCCUGGCUCGGAACGCCCGAGUGCGUAAAAGUUACAGUAUGUUUGGCUUCUUCUCUUCCUACUAAUGAUUCUCCGUUUGUUGACGACGCUGAACCAGCUUUCCCAGUAGUAGACGAUCAGCUUGUUGGCACUGUGGUGAAUUAUGUGUGCACGGUGAACCUCGAAAUUCCCGAUGUUGAUUCACCGAUGGCAUUUGUUUGUGCAAGCACGGGGUCUUGGAUUGGCAUGGCGGAUUGUGAUUAAUGAAUUACAUUUUCAGUCUUUUAAUAUGCUUAGCCAACACAGAUAAUUGAUGCUUGUAAUGUGUUUAUUGAUAUGUCAUACUAUUUUUAACGCAAGUUAAUUAUUAAGCAUUGUGUAGCAGUUUUAAAUC